GAAAGCUCUCUCUUCUCAGUCGUUUAGGAGCCAGCGCGUGAGAUGGUCGUGUGAGUGCUGCGUGCGCGGGUGUCAAGGCCACUGGAGCAAUCAACGAUCCGUGAGACAAAAACACAGCGAAUCCGAAGACAUAUCAUCAAUCAACAAGUCCAUUAAUCCGUGUAGCUGAUAGAUUUAGCCCGGGAUGUGCUCGGUGGAGGCGCUGGUGCGUGCCCUGGUGGACGUCUCGGAGAAGGCGGCGAACGUUGCUCGGCUGUGCCGCCAGAAUGGGGACAUCUUCCAGCUGCUGGUGGCCGAGAAGUCCCCGGACGAGGCGAAUCCUCGCUUCGUGCAGGACUUCAAGACGCUGGCGGACGUGCUGAUCCAGGAGAUGGUGAGGCACGACAUCGGCAAAGCGUUUCCGGACAUGAGGGAGAACAUCCGCGGCGAGGAGAGCUCCACAUUCACCAAUUCUCUGGGGGAGACAAUUACCGUGCAAGUGGGUGACAGCCUCGAGGAGACAGCAAAUCUAUUAGAGAAGGUGUUGAAUGGGAACAAAUUGGUGGCGGAUUUGCUGGCGGCUGAGGUUCACCGGAGUGUCGUCACGGACGAGGCGCAGAGCAUCGAAGGCGUGGAGGGCGAGAUCUCGCCGGCGGACGUGGGCAUCUGGGUGGAUCCCAUUGACGGCACGGCGGAGUAUGUACAGGGAAAGGCGCGCGAGACGGCGGUGCCGGGCAUCUGGGCGUCUGGUCUGCGCUGCGUCACCGUCCUGCUGGGUGUGUUUGAGAUUGAGUCCGGCCGACCGAUCGUUGGGGUGAUCAACCAGCCAUUCCUCACCGAACUGGAGGACGGCGCGUUCAGCGGGAAGAUCUUCUGGGGCGUCGCCAUGGACGGUGUGAAGCGCACCAACAUCCCACCGAGAGAGGACGUGGCGGGAGGGCGAAAGAAGGUGGCCAUCCUGUCGAGUGCGGAGAACAAGAAGUACAUCUACUACCUUAGGGACACGCUGGGCUACAGCAUUGUGUUCUCGGCGGGGGCCGGCCACAAAAUCCUCAAGCUGAUUCAGGGCGAUGCUGAUCUCUAUCUCGUGAGCACUGGCUCCACAUACAAAUGGGACACUUGCGCUCCGCAGGCCAUUCUCAGGGCGCUGGGCGGCGGACUCAUCAAUCUGCAGGAGACCAUCGAUACGAAGACCGUGGUUGAGUUGUCGUACGCUAAAAGCUCAGGGAAAUGCAAUAUUGGGGGUGUUUUGGGAUUCCGAACACACACUCAACUCAUGGAGUUCAGUAAAUUGCUGUAAAUUCUCACCACUGUGGUAUACGAAGCAUUUUAUUCUUGUAGCGACGUCCACAGCAUACAAUGCUGGGGUGAUUCUGUGAACACAUCUCUCUUUUUGAUGGGUAGAAAAAAAGCAGGAAAAUUGUAAAUUAGCAGAUCAAUCAUUUUCUGAUGUGUUUUAGACGUCCAUGGUGGCAAAAGGAUAAUAAUUCAUAGAGAGCAAAAAAUGUGUAAUGUUGUAAUAUUGUGUUGUGUGUUCUAUGGAAGCAAAUGCAAUUAUGUAAAAUAGACAAUAGAGUUUAUGUGAGGCACAAA